AUUUGUGAGCGAUUGCGAGAGAGAGUAAAGCCGCGAUGAGAUGGAGGAAGGCUCUAGUGUGCGCCGCGCAGCGACUAGUGUCGCGACCGUUUUCGUCGACGGCGUCGUACACUGUCAAUUCAAUUAUCCUACGCUCCCUCAAAGAUCACUAUCUCGAGGUCUCCAAGAUGACUCCACCUCCGAAGAUUAGCCCACCUUCUCCAUACCAAGUUGUAAAGGGGGCACUUGAUACUGGGGGCCCUGUUCUCAGGCGCGUGUUUGGAGAUGAGGUUGUCAAUGUAUCAGUUAUGAGAAUGGUUGACAUUAUUCCAGGAGGUUCUGCUGAUGAUUAUGGCAAUGACAACAUUAAUCAGUUAUUUGUUCAUGUUGACAUUGCUAAGCCAGGGCAGCAAGAUUCUCUGCAUUUACUUUGUGGAAUGUAUCCGGAUGCUCUUGGGAUUCAUUCUGUUUCACUCAGACCAAAAGCAGAGUCUGGAGGGUUCCUUGCAGUUCCAUCUAAAUAUCAUGGCCCAGUCUUUGAAGAUGUAGAUGAAAAGAUUCGAGAUGCUCUCCAUAGUUAUAUUGAAGAGCGUGGAAUAAACGAGAGCCUAUUUCCAUUUCUGCAAGCUUGGCUUUAUGUGAAGGAUCACCGCAAUCUCCUGCGAUGGUUCAAAACUGUUGGCACUUUUGUCAAUGACAGCCACCAAGGAACCCUACAGGCAUAAAGAAUUUAUCAGUGGUCUUCUCAACUUUUGUCAAUUUGCUUCUUGAAAUUACACCAAAUCUGAAAAGAAAAUAUAUUAUGGGCAGCUAGCUAGCUCUUUAUCUUUUGAUGUGGACCUGGUUAGUAGUAUUUCUUUUGUAUCAAAAUCGUUUUGAUUUGAAGGUAUCAUUUCUCUGUGGUUGGCA